UUCUCUAUUGUGAACCAGCCCCUAUUCUCCCGCAUUUUUCCUAUGCUUUUUUUCCUAUUCUUUUUUAUUAUUCAUGUUCAACACUUGAACUUGAUCGUAACAACACCGCGAUCAUAACCUUCGAAGUGCAAUUAUAUAAAUAUAGUAGUGACUGAAGCCAGUUGAAUGUGCCAAUUGUUAUUCAGUCAAUAAUCAAUGAUUUUUGUUCAUUACCAUUGUGUUCUUUUUACUUGCUCGCACAAGAUUGCCUUGAAUGUUGAAAUUCUGUAAAAUGAGAUGGCUCGCUCAUGGGGUUCAGAUGUCAUUGGCGUCCUUCGUGGCAUGCAGACUGUUGUCAACAGCAUUGCCAAGCAUCAGGCGGAGACUAUGAAACAAGUUAUCGAUAAUUCCAGUGUUAGGAGGGCGACUGAAGACAAUAUUAAAGGGACAAUUCAACAAUUGUCUGAGAUACAGCUGAGCGAGGCUCCGGAAAAAGUACUAUCAUCGGUGCAAGAAUUACUCAACAGAGUACUUGUCGUUGAGAAAGGGAUAUCCGAGCUUGCCAAGCAUUUCACGAGUGAAAUUACAAACUCCCCCGCACACCCACAAAAUGCGAAGCCCGAACCUCCGAACCUCGAGAUUUAUCACCCCGCAAAAGAUCCCAGAGAAACAGCUCCUCGAGAAAAUUCGCAAAAACUUUCUGAUGAAAACGUUGUCAAUAUUUCACGAGAAUAUAGCAGUGUUAAAGAGAAAAUAGAGACCAUCCGUGGGCAUGAAAAAAUAAUCCCUAAAAUAGAGUUGACAAAUAAAGACAAGGAACUGCUGAGGAAACUGGAGAUCGAGCAUGAAAUCAAAACAAAAACGAAAGAGGCAGUGAUGCCUGAACCGAAAGUCGGGAGAGUUGAAAUGCGAGAAAAGAGCGCACAAAAUAUUGAGGAAAGAACAUUCAUUAACAGAAAAAAUCCCACAAUGAAGCCGAUGAUAAAACCUAAACAAACACUUUCAUCAAACGCCAGGGAAAGGAAAGUUCCAAGCACAAGAAUUCAGCGUUUGAUAAGCUUCGGGACCCUAGGAAUCGGUUUAGGAAUCGGCACAAUAGCGGAAUAUGGACGAAGAACAUUGGGAAUAAAAGAGCAGGGCAUUGGAGAGAGUUUGGAUAAUGCUUUCUUAACAAAAGCUAAUGCUGAGAGAAUUGUAUCGACUCUUUGUAAAGUGAGAGGUGCUGCUCUAAAAAUUGGCCAGAUAUUGAGUAUCCAAGAUAGUAACAUAAUAAGUCCAGAACUGCAGAAAGUCUUCGAACGAGUUCGUCAAAGCGCCGAUUUCAUGCCGACUUGGCAAGUUCAGCGGGUACUGGCUGAUGAAUUGGGUGCCGAGUGGAGACGUAAAGUCAGUACUUUCGACGAGAAACCGUUUGCUGCGGCUUCUAUAGGUCAAGUACAUUUAGUUACACUUACAAGCGAUGGAUCUCUUGCUGCUAUGAAAAUUCAGUAUCCAGGUGUAGCAGAAGGAAUCCAAAGUGAUAUAGAUAAUUUAGUCGGAGUUUUGAAACUUUGGAACGUCUUCCCUGAGGGAAUGUUCAUCGACAAUGUAGUUGAAGUUGCGAAGAAGGAACUGGCGUGGGAGGUCGAUUACGUCAGAGAGGCGGAGUGUUCUAGAAAAUUCAGAGAGCUCCUGGCACCUUAUCCUGAAUAUUAUGUUCCAAAAGUCAUAGACAACCUGUGUUCAACCAAAGUAUUCACUACAGAACUCAUCGAUGGGGUAUCAGUUGACAAAUGUGUUGACAUGGAGAUGGAUGUCCGUGAGCACAUUUGUAAAUUGAUAAUGCAACUCUGCCUCAAAGAAUUAUUUGAGUUUCGAUACAUGCAGACGGAUCCGAACUGGGCCAACUUCUUUUACAACCCAGAAUCGAAACAAUUGAUUCUUCUGGAUUUUGGAGCCUGUAGAUCAUACGAUAAAUCGUUUUUGGAUGAUUACAUUGAAAUCAUUCAUGCCGCUGGUCGAGGGGACCGCGAUACAGUUCUUGAUUUAUCGAGGAAGAUGAAACUUCUGACUGGAUAUGAAUCAAAGGUAAUGGAAAGCGCUCACGUUGACGCUGUUAUGAUUCUCGGAGAAGUUUUCAGCGAAAACAAUGAGAAAUAUGAUUUUGGCGGGCAAAAUGUUACCAAAAGCAUGCAGAAAUUGGUUCCAACGAUAAUAACUCAUCGAUUGUGCCCACCGCCAGAGGAAAUUUAUAGUAUUCAUCGUAAAUUGUCAGGUGUUUUUCUGCUGUGUGCUAAAUUGGAUGUUAAAAUUAAUUGCAGAGAACUAUUUCAGGAAGCUUAUGAAAAUUACAAGUCUGGAUGAAAUGUAAAUAAAAAUAAUUGUAAUCCACGUGUGCAGAUAUUUCACAGUAAACUUGUGAUUUUUCAGCAUA